UUCGGUUGCGGAUUAGAAAUUCAAUCACCGUCAAUAAGGUCAACAAAUGGCGAUGCUGAUAUACAGCAGUCAACCGGUAUCAUUAAUUCAGCAUUACUUUUUCAUCCACAAACACCAACCUACAAAUGUACAUUGGUGUUUAAAGGAAAUGCUGAAGAACAAGUUCAAAUAACAUUUCUAUACUUUAAUCUUUAUACACCAAAUUCAAAUGCUAAAACUGAUGCUGAAAGAAUAAUGUCAACCAAAAAUUAUCUGGAACUUACCUAUGAAGUUCGUUCUACUGCAAUUGAAAAGCAACCUUUUUCAAAGGCACCAUAUGCCUUCACAUUACAGUAUGAUUUUCGUACUGAUCUUGGUCUUGGCAGUAUGAAUGGUGAACGAAAUACAACUACAGAAUGUUACUUUAUAUUAUUUCGAUCAUCACGUCAAAAAGUUGGCAAUAUUCAAUCACCAAAUUAUCCGGGUUUAUAUCCGCGUAUGAUCGACUGUUAUUAUGUGUUUUAUGGUGUUGAUAAAGAAAUUGUUGUUAUAAGUUUUGAAAAUUUUGAUGUUGAAGGCCUUCCAACAUGUGAAGAUGAAAGCAGUGAUUAUGUGCUGUUCAGUAAUUAUCAAACUGAUGAUCGAACAAAUCGGAAGUUUUGUGGACAACUGAAACCGCUUCAACCAAUUCGCAGUGAAUCCAAUUAUUUUCGGAUGACAUUCAAAUCCAAUUCAAUGUUUGACGGUUAUGGUUUCUAUGCACAUUAUCAAUUUAUUAAUUCAGGUAUCUAUACAGAAUUAGAAGAAAUAGCAGAUUAAAG